AGCUGUAGGAGCUGUAGGAGCUGUCCUAUUGGUGACUCGACCACUGGUGAAAUCCGAAAUUUUGUUUGAAGGACGAAGUCUUGAAGUCGAGGGGAUCCCCUUGCCAUUGGUUCCCGCCACUUUAACUUGAAGGUCGCCGGCAACUGUUGCCAUUGGACAGAAAUUGAAGCUCCAGAACCGAGAAUGUGGCGCACCCUGAACAAUGGAGCAGCAAAGUAGGGCUUGCAUUUGGUAAGAAGAGAUAGACGUCUCAUGCAGGCGCUUGACUCUGUUCCAAGGGACAUAAGGGAAGGCAUUCUGAGUCACCUGCAGUCUCGAAAGUUAGACCAUGCAUUUAACUUCUGUUGGCCGUCGUGAGGCAACUUGCGGCUGUUGGGAGGUUAAGCUGAACUUGCAGUGAGGGUGCAUUGAAUCUGCAGAUUGCGCUGACGGAAACUCCUCCCUCUUGGAAUCUGUGGAGAUGGCGUCAAUGGAUGCGGCCCAAUUAAUGAGCUGUGAGCUCUAUUUCCAUAAAGUCACCAUUGACCAGAAUGCCGACAACCCAACUGUCCUCACAGAGCACUUCAUUGGAGUGGCAGAGUGCAUGGAAGAGUACUUCAGCAUCAGUGACAAGGAGGCGCAAUCUACAGAAGUCAAGGAAUCAAGAUCCAAAUUCGGUUGGGCUUGGUUGGAACUGCCCCAGUUUCCAAUGCGCGAGCUGCUGCCAGUUGCAGCGAAGGCCCUGCAGCGAUUCCCGAUGCACAGGGGCCUUGUUUUGGCCAUUGCAGACUGGUGCAUUGACGUCUGCAAGUCAAACGUGCUGGCAAAGAUGGAGGCAAUGCGAUGCGGGAUGCUACAGGGCCUCUGCCUGGCGGCAGGGCACUUAGCUCUGUGCGAGACGUUUGGAAACGACGAGUACCUGCUAGCUGGAUGCAUCUUUGAGGCGCUCCGCAAGGCUGCGGAGACCCCGAGCCUGAACUUUUUCUCGCGAUCAAUGAAAGUGAAGGACGAGUUCUAUGCAGUUGCAAGGGAGGCUUGGUUGGGGGUCAGAAUAGAUACGGUUCUGGAGGCUUUGGAAAAGCGGGGAACGUUAAUGAACUUUGAAGGGCCGCAGGCACCGAACCCGGCACUCGUGCUGACGGCCCUCUUCCUGAGAAAGGGCUCGGACUGGGUGACAAUGGAGCUCUAUCUGCAAGUGGUGAAGAGCUUGGGGGAGGCGUUCGGCAACACGUUCCCGACAAUUGCUGAGAAUCAGGCUUUCGAAAGGUUCCUGAACGAGACUUUCGAAGGCUUCCGGGGCAAGGUCUUGCCGGACGCCCGGUUUGGCAGCUGCGGCGAUCUGCUCGAUGAGGCCCGGCUGAUUCACAUGCGGAGACUCUACCCUUCUGACAUUCCUUGGGACCACAGGAACUCGUGCCUGAAUCCAACUCUGAACGAGCUCUAUCGGAACAUCUGCACCGUCAGCGAGGCGCAAAUCUCGGAGCAGGUUGUUGUGUACAACAAGAUCCGUAGAAACGUACGGCGUUAGCACUUGAAGUCUGCCAGGAGAUUUGCUGAGGCCGAUGCUCCUAGCAGCAGUUCGGCAGGAAUACCCGCCAACAGCGGGGCUGUUAACAUCAACGACAGUGCGGGAUCAUUAGGCACAGCAAACACGGGAGCCUCACUCGAAGCGGGAGAGGCCUCUACCCCCCAGCCGGGGGGCCGGAGAGCGAAAACCAGAGCUUGUGCGAACUGCUCGAAAGACCAGAAAGAGCGCGCCCCGGGGGAGCCCGCUUUCAAGAAGUGCUCUCGGUGCAUGGCCGUGUACUACUGUGGACCACAGGUGACUAACUGUUGUACCUUUUUUACUACGAGUCAGCUGAGGAUAGGUGGACAAUUGAGGGAUCUGAAGAGGAGCAGCGGGACUGAGGCACAGGCAGAGGAGUGGUCAAAAACUCUGCCUUAGUUUCAAGAAGCAACUAACAUGAGAAGGAAAGAAGGCAUACACAUCCACAGCGGUGUAACGUACGCAGGCACGCGCGCCCACAAUAUGCGGCUACAGUAACAAACCCUCUCUGCCAGAAUCAAGGCAAAAGCACAUGGCCCCAAGAAGUUCAAGUUGCGUGAGGGAUAAAGCAUUGAGAAUUUAAAAAACAAAGAGAGUCCAAGCAAAAACCCGGACUCACCUGCUGAAUGCAGUAUUCUCGGCCACUGUGGGGAACUUAUUUUCGAAUGCCUCCGCAAUGUUCCUCACGACUUCGAGGUAGUGCUCCGUGUUGGCCGCGUCAGGAUACUUAUUGAAGUAAUGCAACGUGAGCAAGAGCGCAUGGUUCGCUGCUGGUGGCCCGUCAAAGCCCUCCCAUCCCUCUCUUUCUGCUAAAACCUUCAAUUCGGUCCCCACAUCGACCUCGCCCCACGCGCUUCUCGCCACGGCGUAGAACUCGUCUUUGACGUCUACCGGCUGCGCAUAAAACUCGAUGGCUGCGGGCUCCACAAUCUUCCUGAGGGCGCUGCUGAUCUACAAGCGGACCUUG